AUGCGAGGAGAAUUCAACAGUUUGAAGGCACUUGUCCUAAAAGAAAAUCCAUACGCAAAGUAUAUCCAUUGUUUUGCUCAUCAGCUCCAAUUAGUGAUUGUUGUUGUUGCUAAAGACAAUCGAAUUGUGAGUGAUUUUUUCCAAUAUGUUGCUAUAAUUGUUAACGCGGUGGGAGCAUCUUGCAAAAGGAAAGACCAACUUUGGCAACAUGACCAUGAUAGGUUGGUUGAGCAAUUGGAGAAGGUAGAGAUACCCAGUAGCAAAGGACAAAAUCAAGAAUCUAGUUUAGCAAGACCGGGUGAUACUCGUUGGGGAUCGCAUUACACUACCAUUCUCCGGCUAAUCUCAAUGUGGACUUCAGUGUUAAAUGUCCUUCAAAAUGUGCAUGAUGAUGGUGCUUCUAAUGACAAUAGAGGCAUAGCGGCAAGUUUGAUUGAAAAAAUGGAGAAUUAUCAAUUUGUGUUUGUGAUGUAUUUGAUGAUGCGUUUGUUGGGAAUAACAAAUGAGUUAUCACUUUCCUUACAACAAAAGGAUCAAAAUAUUGUUCAAGCAAUGCGUUUGAAUGAAGCUAUAAAGGCUCAGCUUCAAGACUUGAGGGAGACAGGAUGGGGGGCAUUUUUGGAGCAAGUUAGAUCUUUUUGUGAAGGAAACUCUAUCUCGGUGCCUAAUAUGGAGGAUCAUAUGCGAAUCCAUGAUCGUUCUAGACGAGAAGAGCAAGUCAUUACUCAUUUUCACCACUACCGUGUUAAGAUUUUCUGCGAGGUCAUUGAUUUGAUUGCACAAGAAAUGCAAAACUACUUCCCAGAAACUAGCACAGAGUUACUUCUUCUUCUGUCAUGCCUUGAUCCAAGGGACUCAUUCUCCAAAUUCAACACCCACAAGCUACUUCAUCUUGCAGAACUUUAUCCAGAAGAUUUCACAAUGACUGAACGUAUGAUGCUUGAGGAUCAACUUGCUACUUUUAUUUAUGAUGUGCGGCAUAAUCCAGAUUUUAUAAAUGUUGGGGACUUAGGAGGUUUUGCUAGGAAGAUGGUUGAGACAGGCAAACAUAUUAUUUUUCCACUCAUUUAUCGCCUUAUCGAGUUGGCAUUGGUUUUACCAAUUGCGACAGCUAGUAUUGAGAGGGUGUUUUCGGCGAUGAAUAUUGUGAAAACUAACUUACAUAAUAAAAUGGGAGACGAGUGGAUGAAUGAUAGCCUGGUUGUCUAUAUUGACGGGAGGAUUUUGCAACUAUAG